AUGGACGACGAUGCAGCCACUUCCACUCUAUCAACCCUUAUAGCCCGUAUAGAGGCCUAUGCAGCCGAUCCAACCCUGUUCAGUAUUCCUGGCCCUUCAACUCGACAUCCUCUCUGGCUCGAAGAUGAAUCGCAGCGCCUCGAUUCAGCGACGCAGCUCGCAGAGGAACUGAUGGCUUUGCAAAGCAUCUAUACUGACGAAGCGAUACACUUGCUCAGUAUCACCUCCCUCAGCGGAGAUACGUCCAGUAGCGCAGAAGACCAGACAGGGAAGGAAGACGUAGCAGACCCGCAAUCUUGGCUACCUGGGUCAAAGAUCACUCUUUCCAUCUCGACGGAUAUUGAAACAUCAGGAUCGGAGGAUGCGAUACCAACACGACUCGCCGUCACGAUGCCUUCAUUCUACCCGUACAGUGCACGACCGCCACAGCUACAACUUCUGUCGAAAUACAUUGGUGGCUUCAGCGUCGACAGUAAGCUCUUUGGUGAGAUUCUGAGGGCGUUUUAUCAUCGAAAAGAUGACGAGGUGGGAGGGGAAGUUGUUGAUGCGGAAGAAGCAGCAGCGAGUGCGGCCUGGGUCGGUGGGAGUAUGGAUAAAGGCGUGAAUUGGGGUCCCGGAGAAGUGGUGCUUUUUGAGGGCAUCGAAUGGGUGAAAGAGAAAGUACUGGAUUGGUGGACUGAGAGGCAGGCUGAACGGGCUAAGAAUGCACCUGCCACCUCAACAACAAGCCCGACGCCAACUGAAUCGCACAGCAACGUCACCACCUUCGACACUGCCCCCGUGCUUUCUCAGCCAAAACCGUUCGCAGGCAUCCUCUUCCAAACAGAAUCCCUCAUAGAACGCAAAUCGGAGUUCAUCGGAUACGCAGCUUCCAUCUCUUCGCCUGAUGAAGUUCCUUCCGUUCUCACCCGCAUUCUCUCCGACAAGAGAGUGGCGAGAGCAACACAUCCGAUCAUCAACGCUUGGGUAUACAAAGGGGCGGACGGAGUGGUGCAUAGGGACUGCGACGAUGAUGGAGAGACAGCAGCUGGUGGGAGAUUGGCGCAUUUGUUGAGUAUAUUGGAAUUAGAGAACGUGAUUGUGGUCGUAACUAGGUGGUAUGGUGGUGUGCAUUUGGGCCCGGAUAGAUUCAAAUUGAUCAAUAAGAGUGCUAGAGAGGCGUUGGAACUUGGUGGCUUCAUCGGCGGCAAGGGUGGAGAUGAGGAGGGUGGGAGGGGGAAGGGUAUGGGCAAGCGCAACAUUUAG